CUAGUGGUCACAUCCAAGGCUUCACCGAUGUUUCGUGAUAUGGAAUUGGGCAAGACGCGUGGUGAUUAUCCCGAUGAUCACACUCUAUGUUACCAUUGUCCAUUUGCAGCCUGGUCCAAGCGAGCAACGGUGCCGUAGUUUACACAAUCGACGUCAUACUUGUCUACCUCUACUUCCAUGUGGGACUCACUUCGAUUUAUACCAUCCUCGUGGUUAAUCGUUUGCUUUUGAUGCGAAGCCAGAUGAAGCAUGUCGUGGCUGAAUAUGAUUCUAGCACCUAUGACACUGUCGUCCUCAUGGUCAUCGAGUCCGCCUUGUUAUAUUCUGUCUUCGCUAUGAUUUUCAUAGUCGCCUUUGCUCUGCAUUGGAACAGUGUCUCCACUGUAUGCUUCCUGUCUAUUAGCUCAAUACAGGGUAUUGCUCAAUUAUUCAUCAUCCUUCGCGUCGCACGGGGUCAGGCAGUUAUGGUCGAGCCGCGCUGCUGCUGCACCUACGACUGUAGUAUUCGCAGAGACUGUGUUAGCACAUUCAAACAAUGAACAGAUUAAUAACCCACAACAGGAGACAUAUUCUGCUUCCGCGAAGGCAGCGGGAAUAGCCGUGUGUAUAGCAUAAAAUGACGUGACGUCGUUUAACAUUAUACCUGAAUGUGAU